GCCACAUCGACGUUUAUGACCGUGUACUGUCUGUCGAUAUUAUCAAUGAAGCGGUGAUAAGUGGAAGUGCUAAAUGUACUAUAAUCGGGUAUAUUUUAUCAUAUGGAAACCGAGUUGUAGACUUGCUUUACCUUUGAUCUUGAAAAAUAAUUCAGGUGAUAUCCUUAUGCCAGAGUGGAGGGGCAAGUGACUAGUUCUGGCAUUAAUAGUUACCUGUUGCAACUAAAUCAUGCCUCUGUUUGGCAAGUCUCAGAAAAGUCCAGCAGAAGUGGUGAAGGCAUUGAAAGAGGCUGUAAAUGCCUUAGAAAGGGGAGACAAAAAGGCUGAAAAGGCCCAGGAGGAUGUAAGCAAGAACUUAGUGCUAAUUAAGAACAUGCUGUAUGGAACAUCUGAUGCAGAGCCUCAGACAGAUAUCAUUGUAGCUCAGUUGGCUCAGGAGCUCUACAAUAGCAACCUACUAUUGCUGCUUAUCCAGAAUCUCAAUCGAAUUGACUUUGAGGGUAAGAAGGAUGUGGCACAAGUUUUCAACAACAUUCUGCGACGUCAGAUUGGCACCAGAUCACCCACGGUCGAGUAUAUCUGCACAAAGCCUGAGAUACUUUUUACAUUAAUGGCAGGGUAUGAGCAUCAAGAGAUUGCUCUCAAUUGUGGUACCAUGCUCAGAGAAUGUGCAAGAUAUGAGGCACUGGCAAAAAUUAUGCUCUAUUCAGAUGACUUUUUCAAUUUCUUCAGAUAUGUAGAAGUGUCAACAUUUGAUAUAGCUUCAGAUGCCUUUUCCACAUUUAAGGAAUUGUUGACACGUCACAAGAUUUUGUGUGCCGAAUUUUUGGAAAUAAAUUAUGAUAAAGUGUUUUCUCACUAUCAACGACUUCUUAAUUCAGAAAAUUAUGUUACACGCCGACAGAGCCUAAAACUGCUGGGAGAGUUGCUUCUAGACAGGCAUAAUUUUACUGUAAUGACAAGAUACAUAUCAAAUCCAGACAAUCUAAAACUGAUGAUGAAUAUGCUGAAGGAGAAGUCACGCAACAUACAGUUUGAAGCCUUCCAUGUUUUUAAGGUGUUUGUGGCAAACCCCAAUAAACCAAAACCAAUCCUGGACAUCUUAUUGCGGAAUCAGGAGAAGCUUGUGGAGUUCCUAACUCGGUUUCACACAGAUCGAUCAGAGGAUGAGCAGUUUAAUGAUGAGAAGGCAUAUCUAAUAAAACAGAUCAAAGAACUGAAGCCAUUAACUGAACAUUAACACCUCUCUUAACAACCACUGGACUUUAGUGAAAAGAAAUAUAAAGUGCAUAUUAAUAUUGCAAACAGGAAACAUUCUUCCAUUAUCUUGUAAAAGAGAGAAACCAGCAGCACUUUGCUUCCAGCUUGGUUGAGGAUGUCAGUGGUUAUUCAUGAAUGGCAUGAGAGCAUUGACACAUUCUGAUUUCCUCACACCGUAGAGUCACUCACCUGAAGUCAAAACUAGUCUCCUGCUACUGCUUUGGAAGCAAACCACUAUCGUCACAUGUAUUCCGUUUUAUUUGUUUGGUAUUAUUAGGCAAGUUCCCCUAAUUCUUUUUCCACAUAAAUAAUGGUGUACAGUAUUAUGAUAAAACUACGGCACCAUACUUCUGUCUUCUUAUUCACUGACAACUUUCUAUGAACAUUUUAGUUAUUAUGAAACAUAUAGUUUAAGACACUUGACUUUUCCAUUUUACAGUGAGGUUGAUGGUAUUAGGUACAAUUAGCGUACUGAAACAUCGGCCAACUCUUGCAGCAGGAUCUGUGGGUUUAUGUUGACUUCUUGGUUAAAGAGAAAUGUACCAGGAACAGUCAUAGUGAAAAUUGCCCAUUCCGUACGCAGUUCUGUCAGAUGUGCUUUAUCCUGAAGCAAUUCCAUGCAUUGCUGUUUCAUAUGAUUGUGCUUUCUAUAUUACAGCACCUUCUGUUGAAGGCAUCUUGUUGAAACAGUGUAUGGGUUCAGUUAAAUAGCUACUCUGUUUAAAUCAUGAGUUGGGUUUUAAUUGUAAAUAUCAUUGUUAUCUUUUAAAUGUAACAUUGUAUCAUAAAUUGAAUUUAAAAUGAUAAAAAAUGCAUUUACAUAAUUUCAAUUGGAAUCCUUGAGAUGUGUUAGAAUUUGUGUGAAAUAUUACUUCCUCAGACUCUGCUUUCUGUAAAAUAUGUUUUAUAUUAUAAAUUAUAUUUAAUUGAACUUCAGCAUAGGUAGUUUAAAGCAGUUUAUCUUUGUACAGUGGAUACGGUACCUACUGUUCUAGACUGUUUAUAAUUAAUUUCAUGCAUGUUGGGAAAAAUUAAGGUAAUAAAACUCAUAACUUUACAAAAUUAA